AUGGAUGAUACAAGUGUUGAAACAAACUUGUUGCAUGAGAAUGAAAACGAAAACCCAACUAAAGAAAAGGAUGAUGAAAUAGAGAAUGUGUUUACUGAGGAAAUCAAUGAUAGACAAUUGGCACUUUUGGAAAGUAGUGUUGAUAAUAAUCUGGAAGAUGAUAGUCAACCGAAAGCACUUCACUACCCGGAUGACUCUUUUGUGUCAGAGCUAAAUGCCACAGAUGAUGUGGAUGAUGAUUCUCUUGGUGAUAGAUGGUCAGAUGGAGAGAAAGAAGUUGUUGGUUUAGCCAAAAACGCGCAAGGGGAGUUUACAGUUAAAACCAAGUGUGGCCGAAAAUCCAAAGAGGAGAGAGCUAAGUUCCUGGAAGGUAAAGAGUUACAGCGUUUACUUCGCCUUCAAUAA